AGCGCAGUGUAGUGGAAUGUAGUUGCCAUUAGUGGGAGUUGAAGUGUGGCUGGCUAACAGUUAGCCACACUAAGUUGAGUUUGAGCUGAAGAAAAGAAGAAGAGGAAUGAAAACAUGCCUCACUUCACAGUCGUACCAGUAAAGGAUCAGGCUCAGUCCAGCUAUGACAGUUUGGAAGGGAUUAACUGGGUUGAUUACAGGGACACUGGACAGGACUGCCCUGACAAUCAAGAUGGUGCUGAUGGACAUGGGAAUCAUAAAGAGGACAGCCCUUUCCUUAGCAGUGCUGAUACCUCUGGCAGGAGAAAUGACUUCUAUGACAGAAACCUGGCAUUAUUUGAGGAAGAGCUUGACAUCCGGCCGAAGGUUUCCUCUCUGCUCAGCCGCUUGGUCAACUACACUAAUAUCACACAGGGAGCCAAGGAGCAUGAAGAGGAAGAAAGUGCUGAGGCCUCACGGAGGAAGACCCCCAAGUCCCCCAACAUGGGAACUCUGAUGGGCGUCUACCUGCCGUGUCUCCAGAACAUCUUUGGGGUCAUUCUCUUCCUUCGACUCACUUGGAUUGUGGGAAUGGCCGGCAUCAUACAGUCCCUUCUGAUCGUCCUGAUGUGCUGCUCAUGUACAAUGCUAACAGCCAUAUCUAUGAGCGCUAUUGCUACUAAUGGUGUAGUUCCAGCUGGAGGGGCAUAUUUCAUGAUCUCACGCUCACUUGGCCCUGAGUUUGGAGGAGCAGUGGGGCUCUGCUUCUACUUAGGCACCACCUUUGCCUCUGCAAUGUACAUUCUUGGAGCCAUUGAAAUCUUCUUGAAAUAUCUGGUUCCUCAGGCAGCUAUUUUUCACUCCACCGAUCACCUUGGCCGUGACAGUGCCCUGCUAAACAACAUGCGAGUGUAUGGAACGCUGUGCCUCAGUCUCAUGGCUGUGGUGGUUUUUGUUGGGGUCAAAUAUGUCAACAAGUUGGCCUCCCUUUUCCUGGCUUGUGUUAUUAUCUCAAUUGUCUCCAUCUAUGCUGGGGCAAUAAAAUCCAUGACUCAUCCACCAAAAUUCCCGAUAUGCAUGUUGGGCAACAGGACUUUGGUGAGAGAUGGCUUUGAUGUAUGUGCUAAAACUGAGGUGAAGGGGAACAUUACAGAGCCCAGUCAACUGUGGAAUCGGUUCUGCGUUGGUGGGAACUUGAGCAGUGCUCAGUGUGAUGACUAUUUCAUCCAGAACAACGUGACAGAGAUACAGGGCAUCCCUGGACUGGGCAGUGGGAUUAUCAGAGAAAACAUGUGGAGCAACUACUUACAGAAGGGCGAGAUUUUGGAAAAGGCAGGGCUGCGGUCAGUGGAUGCUCAUAGUCCCUUAGAGAACUUUGUCAACUACGUGUCGGCGGACAUUGCUACAUCCUUUACACUUUUGGUGGGGAUCUUUUUCCCAUCUGCCACAGGUAUCAUGGCAGGCUCCAACAGAUCCGGUGAUCUCAGGGACGCUCAGAAGUCCAUUCCCGUGGGAACAAUUUUAGCCAUUACGACUACUUCUCUUGUUUAUUUAAGUUCUGUAGUCCUGUUUGGGUCCUGUAUAGAAGGAGUAGUCCUGAGGGACAAAUUUGGAAAUGCUGUCAAACAGAACCUUGUUGUUGGCACUCUCUCCUGGCCAUCUCCUUGGGUUAUUGUCAUUGGCUCUUUCUUCUCUACUGUUGGAGCGGGCCUGCAGUCCCUCACUGGUGCGCCACGGCUUUUACAAGCUAUUGCCAAGGACAACAUUAUUCCCUUCCUUAGGGUGUUUGGCCAUGGAAAGGCUAAUGGAGAGCCAACGUGGGCUCUGCUGCUCACUGGCCUUAUAGCUGAGCUGGGGAUACUGAUUGCCUCGCUGGACAUGGUUGCUCCCAUCCUGUCCAUGUUCUUCUUGAUGUGCUAUCUCUUUGUAAACUUGGCUUGUGCAGUGCAAACUCUAUUACGGACACCCAACUGGAGGCCAAGAUUCAAAUAUUACCACUGGGCGUUAUCGUUCCUUGGCAUGAGUAUGUGUCUGGCUCUCAUGUUCAUAUCCUCCUGGUACUAUGCCAUAGUGGCCAUGGGCAUUGCAGGAAUGAUCUACAAAUACAUUGAAUACCAAGGGGCAGAGAAGGAGUGGGGAGAUGGAAUAAGAGGACUGUCUCUCAGUGGUGCACGUUAUGCCCUGCUGAGGCUGGAAGCUGGACCUCCCCACACCAAGAACUGGAGGCCACAGUUACUGGUUCUGUUGAAGCUAGAUGAGGACCUCCAUGUGAAAUAUCCACGAAUGCUCACCUUCGCCUCCCAGCUAAAGGCAGGAAAGGGCCUGACCAUUGUUGGCUCUGUCAUCCAGGGAAACUUUUUGGACAGCUAUGGGGAAAUGCAAGCAGCUGAACAGGCCAUUAAGAACAUGAUGGAGAUUGAGCGGGUCAAAGGUUUCUGUCAAGUUGUUGUGGCAACUAAGGUACGAGAAGGCAUAGCCCACCUGAUCCAGUCCUGUGGUCUGGGUGGGAUGAAACACAACACUGUGGUGAUGGGUUGGCCAUACGGCUGGAGACAGAGCGAAGACCCUCGAGCCUGGAAAACCUUUAUCAACACAGUCCGUUGCACAACAGCUGCCCACCUGGCCCUGAUGGUCCCCAAAAAUGUGUCAUUUUAUCCAAGCAACCAUGAACGCUUCACAGAUGGGAACAUUGAUGUGUGGUGGAUUGUUCAUGACGGAGGAAUGCUGAUGCUGCUGCCUUUCCUGCUCAAACAGCACAAGGUGUGGAGAAAAUGCAAGAUGCGCAUCUUCACUGUGGCCCAGAUGGACGACAACAGCAUCCAGAUGAAGAAAGACCUGGCCACAUUCCUGUACCAGCUGAGAAUAGAGGCAGAGGUGGAGGUGGUGGAGAUGCACGACAGUGACAUCUCAGCUUACACUUACGAAAGAACACUAAUGAUGGAGCAGAGGUCCCAGAUGUUACGGCAAAUGAGGCUAUCCAGUGCAGAAAGACAAAGAGAGGCCCAGCUGGUUAAAGACAGACACUCACUGGUGCGUAUGGGCAGUCUGUACUCCGACGAAGAGGAGGAUGUGAUGGAGGUUCCUCCUGAGAAAGUCCAGAUGACCUGGACCAAAGAGAAGUGUGAGGCUGAAAGGCGAAACCGAAACAAUGCUCCUGAGAACUUCAGAGAACUCAUGAGCCUCAAACCGGAUCAGUCCAAUGUGCGCCGCAUGCAUACAGCUGUGAAGCUUAAUGAAGUAAUAGUUAACAGGUCUCACGAUGCCCGAUUAGUGCUGCUCAACAUGCCAGGCCCACCGCGCAACACAGAUGGAGACGAAAACUAUAUGGAGUUCCUGGAGGUGCUAACCGAGGGUUUGGAAAGAGUCAUGUUGGUGAGAGGAGGAGGGCGAGAGGUCAUCACCAUCUACUCAUAACCAGCUAGGAUGGUUGUUAUGGGCAGUGACAUACAAAUACAUUCCAACAUGGGACAGAAAGAGACGCAUGCUUUGCUUUUAAGCUUUGAGAUGAGGGUUAGGCACAGAGAGGGGGUUGAGUUAAACUUUUGGGAGCAAAAGAGGUUGAUUCUAUUCUUGUAGAAUAUUUAUAAAUGCUGAAACCUGUCAUCCUGUUCUUUCAUUACGAAUGAAAGCAGUCAUUAGUUUCCUUAGAAUUCACUUUCAGUUGACAAACCUUCGUCAUUUGCGUGGGCUGUACAUCAAACAGUGUCUUGUCAUGAACCUGUAUUUUACUGUUUGGCCUGCAAAUCAAACAGAAGCAAGAGCUGCCAGAUCUCAUGUCAGAGCUUGUUGUAGCAACUUUUGUCUACUAGACAAAAAUGUAUUUCUUUACCCCCAUGAAGCUAUAAAAAUCUCAAUCUGUAGUCUUUCACAUCAAUAAAUUCCUUCUCACAGACAAAUACAUAUUAAGAACAUAUAAGGAUGCACAAUUUUACACCUUAAGAGUGGUAAUAUGAUUUCAAUCGAUUCAUCUUUUAAAUGACUACGCACAUACACAAGCAUAUGGUUACUUUAUUGUUCCGAUUGGAGAAGCUUUAAAAAACUAAAAAUGUUCUGAGGCCAAUCAUUAUUUGCAGUAAAAAGGUUCAUUCUACUUGUUUGAUGAAGGCCAGGCACAUCCUAAGUUACCUAAAUCAGCCUGGGUUCCAGUGUCACUGCAGGGGGAAAUAAAGAUGGAACAUUGUGUUUGUAAGACCAAGGUAAUUUUACAGUCAUGCAGCUGCAACAUUAUAGAACCUAAAACUUUAUCAUAUACCUAAAUUCACACCUGAUGCUCUUUCUGCAAUGAGACAACUAGUGGAGGUCUAAAGGUUCAUGCCAGUAAGUGUGGUUAUAAAAACACUAAAAAACACCUAAAUGUAUCUGCACUGCACUGAAUUCCUUCAAAAGUAGUUUGUUACAUCUGAACAGCUACCAAAACAAAUCUGCUUUUCAGUAACAUAUUGGAUGUUGUUCCCACAAUCCAUUCCAGCAAUACUGCCAGGAAUAAGGUGGAUAAUAUGAAUACUAAAUUAGAUCGUCAGAAGAUCUUUUAGCAAAUUGUUUUCUUAAAGGGCACUGCUGCCUCCAGGCAACCCAAUCAUGGUAAGAUGACAUAAUAAAAAAAUGUAAAGUCAUUGUUUACAUGACUGAGGUUUUUUAAUUAUUUGGAAAGCCUUAGAAUAAAAUUCCAAAUCUGUGUUUGACUGUUGGUAUCCGUUUCACUUUAAGAUGGGAGUCAGUGCAGGUAGAAGAAAAACAGCUAGAAAAACUAGCAGCAAAAACUUAAAAGUAUUUUCUUUUGAAAGAAUAUUCUUAUUUAUUCUUUUCAAGAAUAGAAGUAUUUAUAUUAUUUAUUUUCGGAAUAUUCCCCUCUAUCACUACAGAUACACUUUAUGAGACAUCGCCUGAUUUUGACUACAGACAAGUUUUUAAGAAAUAUGAUUCAUAUAUUUCUGCUGUUGAAUAGAAAACAUAAAAAGCUAUUUGUCGAUGUUUUAUGAAUGUUUUUAUUUAGCAAAUUUGGAAACUAUGAUAAGAAGUGUGGCUUAAGUUAAAGAUUAUUUUCAAGAGUUGGUGUAAUAGGUUUUCGUUGUAUUUAUAUUACAAUUUCUGUUUUGCAACUAAAAUGAAUUUGCUUUAUAUACAUACCAACAUGUUGUUCCUGUUUCACAGCAAGUAUAGUCCAAAAUAUUUCAGUUCAUUACAAACGAGAUACUCUGCUUAGGUGUGAUAUGAUCAUUUUAUUAUGUUUUUCUUCAUAACUGAUAACAAAAUAACCUAAAAUUAGAAAAUAACUUUUGGGAUACUCAGUUAUUCUCAGAAACACAACUUUGCUUAUUUAAAGAGUUUCUCUAACAAUAAUCUUUUUGUUUCCUGCUAUAUGCACAACAGAACCGUUAUUUCAAUGAUAAAUAAACAUUUGUAUUAAAGAA